AUGACCACAAGAAAAUCUCAACAGGGACGAUUAUUACGUUCACAAGUUGCUGAAGAAAAGGCAGCGGCGGUAGUUGGUGGAGCCGAUGCAGAAGAGAAAGAUACUGGACAAUUUUUACAGAACAUCGACUGGUCUACUAAUAAUAUGCAUCAAAGAAUUCUAUACUGGAUUGGGCUCUACCAAAUGGAAGGAAAGCAAAGGAGCUCUAAGACUUCGAGGAUUAUGGAUAACUAUUAUUCUGAUUUUAUCUGCAGUUAUUGCAAAGGUGUGAGAAUAUUUUGUAAAAUGAUUAAGAUCAUGUAA